UAUUAUCUCAAUGCCUUUUUUUUUUGUACUAAUUGUUUAUCGGAAGUAAUAAAUAAGAGAAAAGAAAAAAAAAAAGAAAAAAAAAAAAAAAAUUAAAAAAUGUUAAACGUCGAAGAGAAAAAUUCAUGCGAUGAUUUACAAAUUGAUGAACGCGUUAUAAAAGAGGAUAAACUUCCUUGUCCUAUGAUGGAAGAAGUUCAAAAGGAGCCAAAUGAACAAAAAAUAAAUCCAAUGUACUUACCUCAACCAGGAGAUGAACUUCCAAUGAAAGAUGAAGGACCAAUGGAUGCAACUACUCCAUGGGCAACAGGUCAAGUUACAUAUACUCCACAGGCUGGUAUAACAGGUUUACGACCUGUUGCAGAUCGUUAUUCUAUAACUAGAUUUGGUCCAAGCGAAUGGAGAGCACACAAUCAUACAUUUUUUCAACAAUCGGACGAAAAUAUUCAAAAAGCUCAACAUGCUACUUUUGCUGCAAAACAAUGUAUUGAGAGAGUAUACAGAGAAGCUGAUAAAGUCCAAUUAGAAACAACGGAACAUUUAAGGACACGAGCAAAUGUUGUUUAUCGAUGGAAAUUAGAAUUAGAUAAUGCGCUUCAAAAUAUUACCGAAGAAAUAACAUUAUUAGAAGGGGAAAGACGUAGAGUGAAACAAUCUCUAUCGGUUAUAACUGUUCCCGAAUCUAUAGCUGGUGAAUUUUUGCAAUUACGUGGUACUCGUCUCGAAUCUGACCUCGUUAAAGAUAACGUUGAGAAAGAGCUUACAAAGGAAGUAGCACUUUGCUCGGAAAUACGUGAUUUGCUUAAUAGGACUCGUGAACAAAUAGAAAUGCAAUUAAUCGAGUUGAAGGCAGCUAAAGCGCGAAUGGAAAAUGAUUGGACCGAUAAAAUCGAUGCUUAUAAAAUUGAUACUAAUUGUAUCAAAAUGAACAAUGAAUCACCUCUCAUAUUGUGGAAGCCCGGUGCUACAAGAUUUCCAGCCGAACAAUCAACACCAGCGAGUUACGAACAUUUUACACGAGAAACAUUAUCCGCCGGUGAAAACGUGAGACAAAGAUCAAUGACUCUUCGUUCGACUUUAAGUGAUAUUUAUAAAAAAUCACUGAAAGAUCUACGCGAUCAAGCGAGUCAGGUGGACAUUGCGUUAGCUGCACAAAUCAAUCUAACAGAAGGAAUAUGUCAACAGUUAGAAAAAGAAUUGCAAAGGUGUUUACAGGAACUCGCGAAUACAGAAAAUUUGAUCGAAGAACUUCGAGGAUCCACGAAGGGUUUGGAUAAUGCAAUGAAAUUGGCACAGACACGCUUAUCGGAACGUCUAUUACGACGUAACGUUGAGAGUUGCCGCGAUGUUCCACAAUUCGCGCUCGUAGAUGAAGUUAAAUCUCUGGGAGAACGCGUUACUGCCACUCUAGGCGAACUAAAAAGUGCCGAGGAUACACAGGCUGGCUUGGUCAAAGCUAGAGGUGAUUUAGAACGUGAGAUAUUAAUUAAACGAAAAACUUUGUAUAUAGACAGACAACGUGGACAAUUACUUCGUUCAUUCUACCCUUCAGCCGCAGCGCUUUCAGGAUUUUAAAUGAUCUAUGCACACGUAUAUUAAUGAUAUAAUUGCCAUAUUAGUAAGUCCAAAAUUCCGUUAUUUAAAAUUAAAAUAAUUUACAUUAUAAUCAUUGUUAAAAUUAUGAUAGUGAUAAUUACAGAAUAGAUCAUAACAAUUAUCCUCUGUGCUUGUGUGUCUAUGUUGCUUCGAAUGUAAAAGUACGUUCAUAAAAUAUACAAAUCACCAAGCUUUGAUCAUAAAUCUUCAUAAUACACAUUUCUUAAAGAUAUUUCCUACGAUGUUUAUGACGAUAAUAAUAACAAUGUAUGCAAUUAUAGUUCAUCGUGAGAUCGUAAAUGAUUCAUGACAAAUCCAUAGAGAUCAUCGAGAUUACGGGGCCCAUUAUACUCCGAAACUUUACGACCAUUUCGAUAUAAGUACAAUGUCGGAAAACCAUCUACUUCUUGUUCAUAACACAACUGCUUGCUUGUAUUAAGUGUACAAUCCACUUUGGCUAUAUGCACAUUUUCAUUAGCAAAAAAUUUUCUACCAAGCUCUUCCCAAGUUGGUGCGAGACGUUUACAAUGUCCGCACCAAGGUGCAAAAAAUUUAACAAAUGAAACACCUUUUUCAACACUGUGUUCAAAGCUAUCACCUGUUAAACUCAAUACAUUAUGAAUGGUACUAUCCGAGCUUUUAUCUUUAUUCAAAGACUGUUCUGCACUUUUUUUAAGCAUCGCUGAUACAUAAGCCUUCAAAUCUUCAUGAGUUCUUUGACCAGUAUACUUAUACAUCUAAAAAAAAAAAAAAAAAUAUAUAUAUAUAUAUAUAAACUUAUGACUGAUCUUAUUUUCUUAAGAUAUUAUUCUUUUAUAUGAAUGACAUUUUUACCUUCUUUCCAUCUUCUAUCCAAAGUAAAGUUGGAUAUCCUUUUAUAUCAAAUUCCUCACAUAUACUUCUAAAUGAAGUACAAUCUACUUUGGAAAUACUAACAGAAUCAUCAUUACGAAGACUGUUAGCUAAUUCUUCCCAUGUUGGAGCCAAUUUUUGACAAUGGCCACACCAAGGCGCAUAAAAUUUAAUAAAGUGAUAACCUUUCUCAACAUGAGAAUGAAAUGAUUCUUCCGUUAAUUCAGAUAAACCAUUCACCGGUUCUGGAGGAGAAGGUGUAUUAUCUUCUACCUAAUUAAAUUAUUACAUAUAUCUAUAAUUAUAA